AUGGGGGUGUUGGACCUCAUUAUAUUGAAGAAGAUUGAUGUGCUUAGUAUCUUGGAAACGAAGUUGAAUAGUAGAAAGAUGGAGGACUUUAUGAAGAAAAGAUUAGCCAAUAAGUGUAAUGUCAACAACUUUGAUGUUCAUGAAGCUAGUAGAAUUUUGGUAGUUUGGAAUCCUAAAAAGUCUAGAAUCCAAGUGUUAGACAAAUCACCUCAGUUUGUUUUAUCUACUUCUUACUCCCUCUCUGUCAAUGGGGGUUUAUAUGGUUUCUUCGAGGGGAAGAAGAAGCUUAGACAGGGUGAUCCCCUAUCCCCUAUUUUAUUUGUUGUUUGCAUGGAAUAUCUUUCGAGGCUUUUAAAGAACCUGGAGAGUGACCGAGACUAUAAAUUUCACCCCAAGUGUGGAGAUCUUAAGAUUUCUCACCUUGCUUUUGCUGAUGACCUAAUCUUGUUUGCAAGGGGUGACUAUUCUUCAGUUAAGAAGAUUAUGGAGUGCUUGGGAGACUUAUCUGAUUGUUCAGGGCUGAGGGCAAACUUGUUUAAAUCAAAUAUGAUUGAUGGUCUUUUAGACUCCUGGCCAAGGCACACUAUAUCCUAUGCUGGAAAGCUUGAGCUCAUAAAUUUUGUGAUACAAGGGGUUGACUAUUUUUGGCUUUCUAUUUUCCUUAUUCCCUAUUCUGUUUUGGCUCACAUCGUCAAACUUUGUAGGGCUUUCUUGUGGGGUGGUAGGAGGAGGCCUUUGGUUGCAUGGAAGGAUGUUUGCUUGCCUAAACAAAAGGGAGGACUUGGGGUUAUGGACCUAAAAUUUUGGAACAAGGCUCUCCUCACUAGGACCUUUGGGAAUAUUCGCAACAAAAAGGAUGCUCUUUGGUCAAAAGACAUUACCAGUGCUGAGAUCAAGUUAAAACAAUGGGAUAUGGAUAGGCAAUUCAAGUGCUUUGAUGCAUACCAGUUCUGGAGAAAUAAAGGAAGAAGAGUUCUAUGGUUGUACUCAAUGGUUGGGAACCAUCUAAGGGGCCAGUUGGGAAUUUCUAUAAGUACGUCAACUAUCAAGGCUAGCCUUAAAUGGCUACAUAAGGAGGCCAGAGGUACUGGAAUUCAAGCGGUAGCCAAGAAAGCUUGCUUCGCCACUACAACGUACUACUUGUGGCAUUUUAGAAACGAAAGUAAAUUUGAGGGGCUGUUACUCAACCGAAUGUCAUUGUCAAAGUGA